AUGUUUGUUGUUCUAGACAUUGACGAAUGCGGUACUUCUACACCUGUGUGUGACAUCAAUGCAAAUUGCUCCAAUACUCGUGGAUCGUAUAUCUGUACCUGCAAGUCAGGAUAUACAGGCGACGGAAAAACGUGCCAAGGUAGGAUAAAGGUCGAUUUACUGUGAUAACAACGAAGAGGGCAGAUUUCCAGGGACUUGUGACAACCAGCAAAAAUCGUCAAUCCAUCGAAUCCAGUCCGUUUAUAUACGGGCAGUGCAUAAGAUCAUUCCGCGGGUUAUACUUCUGUUAUUAGAAACUUUUUGUAUAAAUGUAAGUGUAUACAAAUUCUUUAAAAGGCCGCGCAUUAAGAAUUAAAACAUUUGAAGUCUGUUAUUUAACCGCGAAAAGUAAUGCUGUAGUUACUCAGUAGCCCACCUAGACCAGUGGAAAAAGAAAAACAAAAUUAUGCAACAGCACCGGGUAACCCUAGGUCUUUGGAACAGCCUAUAUAGAUAAACUCUGCUUUAGAAGAAUUAUGAGAGAUGUAUAAAAAACGUUGAUGAGUUCAGGCGUGGACAACUCGAUGGCGAAGAAGGCGAAAAACCUAAAAACGUUUUUGUUCCCUGUUGGGGAAAUUCAGACUGUUUUCAACGGGGAUCGAACAUGGCUGAAUAUUUUUAUUAUUAUUUCUUUAUUAUUAUUAUUUGAUUUUAUUUUGUUAGCAAGGAGCCUACGAUAGAUCCUUGUGGAACUCCAAUAUUUUUGUUUUUCUAGACAUUGACGAAUGCAGUGUUUCUUCUCCUGUAUGUGACAGCAAUGCCAACUGCUCCAAUACUCGUGGAUCGUAUAUCUGCACCUGCAAGGCAGGAUACUACGGCGAUGGAAAAACUUGCGGAGGUAGGAGAAAAUAAUUAGCUAAUCUGAAGGUCAGUUACCCUUUACUGUUAUAAUUAACAAUUAUUCCAUUAGGGCGCGUUGGAUAUGAGAUGAUAGAUAGCCAACGAGGCGCGUAGCGCCGAGUUGGCUAUAAUCAUCUCGUAUCCAACAAGCGCGAGUGGAAUAAUUGUUUUAUUAAAAACGCCCAAAAAAUCUCGUUGAAUCACCCCGACUAGAACAAACCGGAAAGACAAGGGACUUCCGCUAUUCGCAUGUCACACGUCUAUCAAAACUGUCAACGCGCGAACGGACUCGCCUGGACUGCAUGAAUGAAAAAUCAAAACAUUGUAGCGAUGAACAUUUGUUUAAAAACUCAUCGGGAUUCUAGGAUUUUACACAGCAGAACAGCUUUAAAAAAACUGGCAGAUAAUGUGAAGGAAAAGAAUUUUUAAGUGACAGCCGUCGAAAUUACCGUGAAUUUGGAUUUUCGGUGCAGUUAUAAAAGUAAUAACAACGGAGAAAAACUAUUACCUCGGUCGCUUGUUAUGAAGUUGUUUGAAGCCACAAGCUGGUUUUGCUGAACGAGAAAAGAACCUAUACUGCCACCUCGAUUGCUCUAGUGAAUGGCUGCAUAGCCUGUAUUUGUAGCUGUUUACUUGUGAUUUAUAUUCUUGAUGUCGGAUAAACAAGCGGCAGUUAUCUAUCGGCGAGUGACUCGAUCGGCGAAUGGCUUCGCGAUCAAGAAAGAAACAACACUUGUCUUCUUUCGUAGCUGGUCAAGGUACUUUAGUUCCAUGUGUUUUCAUGUGUUUUUCGACAAACUUUCAAACAAGCUCUUGUGGCUUUUUUGUUUGUUUUGUCUUUUUUCUUUCGAUGAAAUUGCAUUUCUAGUAUUCUAAGAAAUGAAUUAAAACAGUUUGCCUCGGGCGCCGUUCUAUCCUUCGCGAAAAAAAAUCUCAGCUAGCUUCCAAUUUUAAACUGACGCGUAUACCGACCAUAUAUGGAGAGAAUGGUAUAAUAGCUCAUAUACCAUAACGGCUAAGCCAAUCAAAAUUCUAGAAUUGCAUUAUCCAAUGAUUCAGUUUUUAAUAACAUCAAUUAUGGAAGUUUUCUAAGGACGCGCGACAUCAUAGUAUUCAAAAUUGUGGCUAAUGAGAUCGGCAAUCCGCUGAAUCCGCCGGUAAGUUUUCGUACCCAGCAUUGACGUCAUACUUCAUGUUAUGCUUCUGCUGGAGUCUGUAACAUGGAGCGAGUAACUUCGAAGUUGAUCGAUACCAUAUUAAGAACAUACGAGCAAUUUUCCAUCGAUUUGAUGGCGUAUUGCUCCAUCCUCCAAGUAUCGUAAACGCCAGUUGAUUAGGGGCUUUGAGCCAAUCAGAAGCGGCGAAAUAUUUUGAAUGAUAAAUUGUAAUUAACGUAAUAUUCUAAUUACGCUAUUUCAUUUUAUCAGAUGUUCAUUUAUGUUUAUCGAACAUUUUGAUAUAUCUAUAUAGAUGCUCCAGCGUUAUAAGUGUUUAAAUUAUUUUAAAUUAUUUUAAGCGAUAUCAGUUUCGAAAAAACAUGUUACCUGAAUCACCUUUUCUUUUCUCUUCCCUUACAUCAGUUUUCGCAGAGGGACUGACUGACUCCGUUAUCUUAGGAGAUAAUGUGCAUCACUUAGCUAAUUUAAGCACAUGGCUCAAACCAGUCGCCCAAAGCGAAUCUUCAAAAUGGAAGCGUUGUUGGCGUGCGUCCGUGGAUGGCUGGGCUGCCAGUACUUUUCACAGCGGAUGUGACAACAAAGGACCAACUGUAACAAUAAUAAGAGUCGGAGGGAAGUACAUAUUUGGAGGGUACACUAGCCUCUCAUGGGGUAAGCUCUAAUAGACCUUGUCACGGUUUUCGACGCCAUAUUCACGAGUAGGCAAACGUGUGAGAAAUUACAGUGUUUAUAUGAGAAUCUGAUGUCGAAAAAUUUCCGUAAUUCGGCUCUUCUGAAAAAAAAUAUCAAUUGUAAACUAAAGCUACAAAGCAAAGGAUUGUACUAAAAAAUUUGGGGGGCGUACCUGUCCUUAAAUUUCUCCAGAGGAUUGCUUUAGGUUUUCCAUGUAUUUGUCUGUAAUUUCUCCCAGUACUUUCCUACAGACAAAUGUAUCGAAAAUUUUAAAAAGUGGUUCUAGGUCUUCUAGCGCAUGCAACGCCCUCACUUUUUUUUUCAGUAGCAUCCUUAGGAGUGAAGCUUUAGUUUACAAUUGAUAUUUUUUUCAUAACAGCAAACACUGUAACUUCUCACGCGUUUACCUACUCGUCAAGAUGGCGUCGAAAAGGCAAGGUCUAUUUUUAAUGGUCUAAACACCAAACAAAGCCGGCCACCUUUUAGUAUCACACCGUGGUUGCGCAUACUAAGCUGGGGGGAUUUUUGGUAUGCGGAAUCCAACCAGCCCCUCUCCGACAAUACUCUUUACUUACUUUCUCCAUUUUAAUAAAACAAUGUUUAGCAAUGUAUGUUUAGCACCAAUUCUGUAGGGUUACUUCAUUAGGGAAUUGUAACCGUACGUUGUUUCAUGCAAGGAAGUCAAACAAUGAUACUAUUAAGAAAAUUAACCGCUUUUUUAAUAACAACAUGAAAUAAAACAAGUGCAAUGGAAAAAUGAUGAAUAUGGGUGUUGGAAUGGGUUAGGGCUGAAUCCUCACGAAGACGACUUUCUCUCCGAUUUUCCAUGAAUAAAGCGCAGUUAAGGCGAAGUAGUAGUAUACGAGGUAAAGAAAAUUCUGUUGCACAGGGAUGACAACUUGACACUAGCUUAUCUUGCAGAAAGAUGGAUGAUUACAGAUAUUCGCCGACAAUAAAAUUCUGUGCUGAUAUUUGCUACUCUAAAAAGUGGUUUUUGAGCAAAGCAUUCUGCACUAUUGUCUCAAGUGCCGUUGUAUUUAAAAAAAAUAACAAAAAUGACUAGAACGCAAGUGUGAAUUGAUUAAGGCUUAAGUUCCUAAGGCUCGCUUUCCUGCUCUUAAAACUAAAUGAAAACUGUAUAUAAAAAGUGCAAGUUAGAUGGGGAAAAAUGCCGCUUCAAAUCAAGUCUUUUUUGUUAUAGUUCACAAUAAAAAUAAAAUAAGAUAAGAUAAAAUAAUUGCCAACGAGCAGCCCCGCGAAGAACCGAGGCUGUGAGGCGGCAGCCUAAUAGAACCGUGCGCGAUUGUUCCAGGGGCAGAAUAAAUCUGGAAUCGAUGCAACAUAGAGUAAUAUAAGGCAGCCAUAACGUAAUGCGGAACAGAGAAUGCAUUGUUUUCGAGCGAACAUUUGAUACGGAUCAGAGAAUCCACGAGCUGUUUGUGUGUGUUUGUGAGUCCCGCGCUCAUCCCGUCUUCAACCAAUCGUCAGGUGGAUCAUUUCCAUCCUACGCCAUAUCUGUCGCAUUUGCCUGUUGGAAUUUUUUGUAGCAAGCCGCUAAUAACGCAGCGAAGUUUUUUGUGUCUUUGAAGCAAAAUAAUUCGGAAGGCUUCAUUGGCCCACCAUAAAUUUGUUUAGCUUUAUGUUGAAUAUUUAAUAAUUGAAUAUUUAUUGAAUAUUGAAUCUUUACGUUGGACGUUGAAUAUUCGCGGACUUUAACACCAUUUUUCGAGGAUUUUAAGUUUGGUUAUAAGUCCGCUAAAUUUUACGCAAUUGACCUGUGCGCAACUUCGGACAAAAACACGAACUCCAAUAUCUCGAGAAAUUUGCUGCGUAAAGUCGGGAUUUCAAAUUCUUAAUGCAGAAGAACAGUUAAGUUCACUAUUUUCAAAAGACAAAUUAAAGCAAGGGGCACACAUACACCAAACCUAUGAUCCGCGUUUCCCGCGCAUAUCGUGGGAGAAAUGCCGUGAGGUUUCCAGUCAACAGUUCUCACAUGUGUUGUGUGGAGCUGGCACUGUUUUAUAAGAAACAGAAUCUCAUUUGCCAUUCUGAAAACAUCCCUCCUAUGCUUAAGGGGAUCGCGUUCAAUGACGAGAGUAAAUCUCAAUCUAAAAGAGGUGGACUUUGACUUCGAAAGAGGACUUUUAGGACGCUGGACUUUGAUUUAGAGAAAAGAUAUUGAAUAUUGCAUAUUCAAUUAUUACUACUAUUUAAUAUUCUUAUCGAUGUUGGUUCAUGUUGAAAUCGUAGUAGUUUUUUACUUCUUUUUAAGUCAUUUUAUCCUUAUUUUUCAUUUUAGGACUAUAUUGUAAUCAUUUUUACACGUAAUAGUUUUUUUUUUCAAGAAAUAAGUUUUAAAUCUUCUGCGUUUACACUGCGAAAAUGAUUAUGAUGAUGUUGAUGAAGAUUAUAAUAAUAAUGGCCUGAGCAGCCCAAAAAAUCUUCAGUAUGAAUCGGUGUAUUUCAAAAAGCUACACAAAGACCGAGCAGAACGGGGGCUGCUCUAAUGUCAACUAUUACAAGUGUGUACCUCUUUUUCACACAUUAAAGUUUCCCUUGCACAAUUAUUUCGUGUACUCUAUCGCCAAAAAGCAAAACCGUACCUUUGCGUUUUUAAGUUAGCUGGACUACGACCAAGACGGCAUCGCAGGGGGUAGUUCGGAAAUUAAUUUGGAAGUACAGUGGAACCUCAGCAUAACGAAGGACCAAGAAACCGGCAGAAUUUGUUCGCUAUACAACGAGGUGUCGUUUUAUGGAGUUUUUUUUCCGUGGGGUAAAGAAAAUCGUUAGUGACAUUAAGGAAUUCGUCAUAUAGAGGUUCGUUAUUUCGAGGUUCCGCUUGUCUGUAGUAAACAACAAUUGAACAAUUCAAGCCUUUAUAUCGGGAUGUAAUUUAUCGCUCUGUUCAAUCUAAAAACACACUUAUCACGAGUUUGAUAUCUUUGCUAAGGGAGUUAAAGUACUAUCAGUAUAUUUUCUUGUCUGUAUGAAUUCCAAUUUUUGAACAAAGUCUUUGUAUUGCUAAUUCUUUUCAUUUUCCCCAACAGGUUACGGCUGCCAGUAUCGAUAUGAUUCCCAGGCAUUCCUUUUCUCGUUGGUAAACAAGCCAGGAUGGACGCCUGUGAAACUGCCUCAGACAGGGAAUUAUAGUUACUACAAUUUGCACUCCAUAGGCGACUGCUCGUCUUAUGGACCUACUUUCGGUGGAGGCCAUGACAUUACCAUUUACUAUUCAUCUAGUAGCAAUUCCUAUGCCAACCUUGGCCAUACUUACAGCCCACCGAGCGGGUACAACUACGCAAGCACCUUCGCCCGGACAUUUCUGGCAGGAGGAAGUAAUUAUAGUUUUACUCCAGAUGAAGUAGAAACAUUUUACGAAACAACCUAA